AUGCCAGCCGGAGUGCCGAUGGGCCAGUAUUUGCGCUUUUCAGCAGCCGCUCUGCUGACCAUGCUUGCUGGUUCUCAGACUGUCCACUACUUGUACAGACCGCUGCAAGACCUGGACAAAUUGGUCCAAGAGGAGGUCGAGAGGAAAUUGGUGGCGAAACGUAGAGCUGAAUAGUCUUCUUUAUAUAAAAAAACGUUAGUUGUUAUCUCGA